AUGCUCUGGCUCCAUAUUAUCCAAUACACUGGAUUUUUUGCCCAAAUUACGAAUUCCCUCCUAGUCUACCUAAUUAUCACAAGAGCCGGAAAAUUAUUCGGGUCCUAUCGCCACGUCAUGUGCGUUUUUGCACUAUAUUCCUUGAUAUACGCCUGGAUUGAGGUGGCCACACAACCGGUGAUGCAUAUCAAGGGCCCUAUUUUCAUCGUUUAUAUGGAUAGCCCGCUCAAGUCUCAAAUGUGGAUAGGCAACGAAAUCACUUGCCUCUACUGUGGCUCAUUCGCCCUGGUUAUCUCACUUCUAGCCGCUCAAUUUUUCUAUAGAUACGUAGCGAUGUGUCGGCCAGGAAUUCUUCGAAAUCUGGACGGCUACAAAUUGAUUCUUAUUUUUAUCCCUUGCCUGAUUUGCUUUAUUUUGUGGUUCGCAUUUGUAUACUGGGGUAUGGCGAACACCGUCGAAAAACAAGAGUUCAUGAAAGAAGAGCUGAAAUUUUACUAUGAUGAGGAUUCAACAAACAUCCCAUUUAUUGCCCCAAUGUACUGGUCGAUCGGAAGAAAUGGAGAGAAAAUUUGGAAGUUUUGGGAGUGCAUGUCGUCUGUUGGCUGUGUGGUUAUCAUUUGCGUCUGUUUUUCUACUAUUCUCUACUGCGCUUUUAAUAUCUAUUGGUCCAUGAAAAGCGCCCAAUCCCACAUGAGCGCCAAAACCAUCGAGCUAAACCACCAGCUCUUCAUUACGCUAACAUUUCAGACACUUUUGCCAUUUGUCAUGAUGUACAGCCCAGUGGGACUGCUAAUUGUGCUUCCGAUUUUUGAAGUUUACGUUGGAGGAAUCGCUAACUUUGUGGGCGCUAGUUUAGCGGUGUAUCCGUCUUUGGAGCCGUUAAUCGCAAUUUUUUGCAUCAAAGAAUUUCGAAAAACAGUGUUGUGUAAGUAUUUUGGGUCUGCUGACUACAAACUACAAGAUGUUUAG